UCUCUCCUUCCGCCAUGGACAACUUCCGCAUAAGGCCACCCGCAUUCUAACCGAGUGUCCCGGUAUACAGGUAUAUCGGCCUCUUACUGGCCAUCCUUUCAACAAUGGCGAUUGGUACGAGUUUCGUCAUCACCAAAAUGGGUCUGAAUCACGCUACAGAGAGGCAUGGGUUCGAAGGAGAAGGCUUCUCGUACCUGAAGAGUCCAAUCUGGUGGGGCGGCGUAACUACAUUGGCUGUAGGAGAAGUCGCCAACUUUGCCGCGUAUGCUUUUGCGCCCGCCAUUCUGGUCACGCCUUUAGGUGCGCUUAGUGUCUUGAUUGGUGCCGUUCUGGGGUCCUAUUUCCUGAAAGAGAGAUUGGGCGCUCUAGGGAAGUUGGGCUGUGCGAUGUGUCUGCUCGGCUCAGUCGUCAUUGUCCUCCACGCUCCCCCAGACAAGCCAGUCGAGAGGAUUGAUGAGAUCCUGCAUUAUGCGCUCCAGCCCGGUUUCUUGGUCUAUUGCCUGGCGGUUGCGAUUUUCUCAACUGUCAUGAUCUACCGCGUCGCCCCGGUAUAUGGAAAGAAGAACCCUCUGAUUUUCAUCUCGAUCUGCUCCACCGUCGGCUCCGUUUCGGUCAUGUCCAUCAAGGCUUUUGGAAUCGCUGUGAAGCUCACCAUAGGAGGCAACAACCAGUUUACUCAUGCCUCGACAUAUGUUUUCAUGAUUGUCACCGGUUUCUGCAUUCUCACGCAGAUGAACUACAUCAACAAAGCUCUGAACGAGUUCUCAACUUCAAUUGUAAAUCCUCUUUACUAUGUCACCUUUACCACAGCCACAUUAUGCGCUUCCUUCAUUCUCUUCAAGGGUUUCAAUACUACCGACCCGGUUAACACCAUCUCACUACUUUGUGGCUUUUUGAUCAUCUUCUCCGGUGUUUAUCUCCUGAACCUCUCGCGACAUGACCCGGACGGACGCCAGAUGCUCAACACUAAAUUUGACGAUGAAGGAAUUCCCACAGAUGGCAUCACAAGCUACCAAACCCGCCGCUCAAUACAGGCGCGCAGAAGCGGCGAACCACACCGCCGUAGCUCUUCCAGCAUUGCCUAUGUAAAUGGGCACGGCGACCGUGAAGGUCUCAUCCGCUCAUACGACAUUGAGAAUCAGGCCUUUGGGUUGUCUGAACUGACCGAGGAGAGUGAUGGCGAACCGGGUCCCACCUACAAGAGGAGCAACACCUCCGAACACCCCAAGAAGCACGACAAUCAAUAGUACCAUACGAUUCUCACGGCUGUCUUAGACCGGCUGUGCUAGCCUUAUUUAUGACCCAUUUUCUUACGUCUUUUUUUUUUUUUUUUUUUCCGUAUUACCCUUUUGU